AUGUCCCGCAAUCCAACCAAUACAGGCUUCCAAGUUACACCAGUAAAAAUAGACUAUACCGGGUAUGUGCGCGUUCAAGCUCAAGGUUCAAGCAUGGUGACCUCGACGGCAGUUUUGGCCAUCGCCAACAUGGACAAUGCUUGGAGCCAGCCUCAGCUGAUCAAGCUCCUCCUCCUCCUCCUUACCUCAGCGCGGAAUCGACGGCGACUGGAAGACGACUGCCUGGCUACUCUCCCACUUCCAACGCUGAAAGAGCCAUUCUUGCUCAGCGCACACGUAACUGCUUCCACCUUCGCCCGGGGUGCACGGGCAAUACUUGCUCUUCUCGCGCUGGAUAGGGUAAUAUUUCUUCACCAGAAAUCUGCGCCAAAGCUCAACCGUGCUGGCUCGUCCAGGUCCAGCGCCCGAAGGGGACCCGCCAACACACCCCAGACCAAUUUCUUCUCCUUCGCUUUUGGUGUCCCCCUCAGCGCCCUGCGAGCCACCAUGAACACAUCGCUCGCCCUCAUUAACGAGAUCAUUACCAACCCUGCCUAUCAUGACUAUCUAGCAAUCCUGAAAGGUGCUCGUAACGGCUUUGUGUAUGGGGUCAAGGUCCGCUUUCCCCAUGCACUUGUCAUGUCUAUUUUAUUCGGUCGUGGAGACUGGAAAGCGCGUGUUCGUGUGAUAUACCGCGCGACGAGGCAGCAUGCCGUCAAUCUGGCUAAAUUCGUCUCUCUCUACAAGACACUUCUGCUGGUGCAGAAGAAACUGAAUGGUGGAAAGGAGCGCGAGUCAGACACAUUUAUCGCUGGCCUAAUCGGAGGAUAUUUGAUAUUCGGAGAAAGGAACGCAGUGAACGAGCAGAUCGUCCUUUAUGUUGUAGCAAGAGUAGUCGCCUCCUUUAUCCCGCGGUCCAGCUCGUCCUACCACACUUCUCCCGAUUCUGCACUAGCGAAAGCCACCAUUCGCCCUAUCCCACCUGACUCCCGAUACUUUACCGUCUGCGCUGCGCUGGCAUGGGGUGCGAUCAUGUACCUCUUCCGCGAGCGUGGAGAGACCAUCCAACCUGGGCUGUUUAACUCCAUGACCUACUUGUACCGCAAUUCGGACGUGUGGAAGGAUCUCAGGACGUUGUUUUGGCAUAACACCUAA